GACCGGCCACCUCAACCAGGCCGUGGGCGUUCAAGUGCUUCCCAGAGUGAGCCUCAUCCUCUCUGCGCAUGCGUCAUUCCCGGGCGGGGAACACGAAAGCUCUUUACCGCCGGUCUUCGCUUCGCGCUCUAGCCGCGGCAGAGCUAUGGGGGAGGCCUACAUGCCGGUGGAAGCCGGGCUUGGCUGCGAGGAGAGUUUCCUCUCCUUGGGAGACAUUCUUAUGUCCCAGGAGAGGCUUCCGUGCCGCGCCGAGACCGCUCUGCCGCGCCUGGCCGCUGUGCUUGGUAAAGCCGGGCCCGAGCCUCUUGCUGCUGUCCCUGAGGGCACAAAGCUGGAAAUUCCCCUUUGGCUGGCAAAAGGCUUAUAUGACAAUAAGCGGAGGAUUCUUUCUGUGGAACUGCCAAAGAUUUACAGGGAGAGCUGGCGGACGGUGUUCAGUGCAGACGCCAAUGUGAUUGACCUGCAUAAACUGGGGCCCUUUUACUAUGGAUUUGGCUCCCAGUUGCUGAAUUUUGACAGUCCUGAAAAUGCUGAAAUAGCUCAGACCAUAUUGCAGACAUUUAUUGGCCGUUUCCGUCGCAUUAUGGACUCAUCUCAGAAUGCUUAUAAUGAAGACACGUCUGCAUUGGUGGCCCAGUUGGACGAGUUGGAGAGAGUUUUAUUUCAAGUUGGCCAGAAAGGUCUAAAUGACUUCCAGUCCUGGGAAAUGGGUCAGGCCUCUCAGAUCACAGCAUCCAGCUUGGUCCAGAAUUAUCGGAAGAGAAAAUUUACUGACUUGGACAACUGAGAGCAUGGAAAACAUUAAACUUUCAUCCAGAACAUUUUGCCAAACUGUAUGGUCAAUUUUAUACCAGUGGGGGACAUAUAGGGAAAAUACGUUCUUGUACUAUGAUUUAAAACUAAUUCUGGUAACUUGAGACUUAGCCCAGAGUAUAUUUCUGAGAAUCCUGCAGUGUGUAUCUGUGUACAUCCCAUGAGGAUCAGUGGGAUCAACUCUGCUUCACAGUUGAACAGAUACAAGCAGUACACACGUGCCACCUUGUAGAUCCAUCAACAUUUUGAUUAUUCUAAUCCAAAUGUGUUGUACUCUUUUAAGGAGGGAGUCUAGAAAUGCAAAGCAAAACUGCUGAGUUUGAUGUCUCUGGAAAUCAUUUGUGGGAUAAAUUAGUUGGGGAAAUCAUUGUACUUCUAUUUUGCUUUAAGUACCAGUAAAAUGUCUUUUGAUAUGAAGAAAA